UUUUGAUCAUAGAUUCCUAUGGCUCUCCAAAUCAACAACAGAGCCUCUUCUUCUUUCACUCCCCAAUUUAUCUAUGAUGUUUUCUUAUGUUUCAGAGGUGAAGAUACCCGCUAUAAUUUUACAAGUCAUUUAUAUCAAGCUUUAUGUGAUAAGGGUUUUAACACCUUUAUCGAUAAUGGCCUUCAGAGAGGAGAAGAGAUUUCAACAAAACUUCUUAAGGCUAUUGAAUUGUCAAUGAUUUUGAUUGUUGUGUUCUCUGAAAAUUAUGCAUCUUCUAGUUGGUGCUUAGAUGAGCUAGUAAAGAUUCUUGAGUGUAGAAAUAAUAGACAAUUAGUUCUACCUAUAUUUUACAAAGUAGAUCCAUCAGAAAUACGUAAACAAAAGGGAAAGUUUGGAGUAGCGUUAACUCAACAUGAAGAAAAUUUAAAGGAUAGCUUGGAGAAGGUUCAAAGGUGGAGGACAGCUUUGACUAAAGUGACUGAAUUGUCUGGGUUGUAUUACAAGGAGGGCUAUAUUGAAUCUGAAACUCAAUUUAUCCAGAGAAUUAUUAAAGAGAUAUUAGGUACUAAAUUGAAUCGCACUCAGUUAUUUGUUACUAAACAUCCAGUUGGAAUAGAUUCUCGUGUGGAUGCUAUAGAAUUGCUUUUAGAUAUGAAGUCAAAUGAUGUUCGCAUGGUAGGGAUUCAUGGUCUUGGAGGAGUAGGUAAGACUACAAUUGCAAAGGCUAUUUAUAAUAGAAUCGCUAAUUGUUUUGAAUUGAGUUGCUUUCUAGAGGACGUCAAAGAAAAGUCGGGAACAAAUGAUGACAUAAUCAAACUACAAGAGAUGCUUCUUUCUAAGAUCUCAUGGGGCACAUAUGUAAAGGUAGACAGCGUACCCAAAGGAAUUAUUAUGAUAAAGGAAAGAUUUUGUCGUACAAGACUUCUUUUAAUUCUUGACAAUGUGGAUGAGUUAGAAGUGAUGGUAAAUUUGCUUGGAGAAUGUAAUUGGUUUGCUUUAGGAAGUAGAGUCAUUAUAACAACAAGAGACAAACAGGUGCUAAACACUCUUGGAAAAGAUCAUCAAAUUUAUGAGCUUAAGGAAUUAAAUCAAUCUGAAUCUCAUGAACUCUUCAAUCUACAUGCCUUCCAAAAAAUUGAACCUAAGAAAGAUUAUUCAGAAGUUGCAGAGCAAAUCAUACAUUAUGCCAAUGGCCUCCCAUUAGCUCUUAAAAUAAUAGGUUCUGAUUUGUGUGGAAAAAGUAUAUGUGAAUGGAAAAGUGCAUUAGAAAAGUAUAAAAACAUCCCUCACGAAAAAAUUCAAGAAAAGCUCAAAAUAAGUUAUGAUGGACUUGGAAAGAUCGAAAAGGAUAUUUUUUUGGAUAUUGCAUGUUUCUUUAAGGGAUUCGAUAGGAGUUACGUAGCGAAUAUAUUAGACGCUUGUAAAUUAUAUCCAGGUUAUGGAAUUGGAAAACUUAUCAAUAAGUGUCUCAUAACUGUUGGUCAAUCUGGCAAUUUGUGGAUGCAUGACUUGCUUCAACAAAUGGGGAGAGAAAUUGUUCAACAAGAAUCAGAAGAGCUUGGAAAACGUAGUAGGAUAUGGUGUUUUGAGGAUGCUUAUGAAAUACUUACUACAAAUAUGGGAUCAAGUAAAAUUCGAGGCAUUAUGUGCUGCUCACCUCAACCGAUAACGAUACCAAUAGAAGCUAAAGCUUUUGAAAAGAUGAAAUAUCUCAAAUUUCUUAUGGUUCGUAAUGUACGCAUUUGUGAAGAACUCAAAUAUCUCCCUAACGGGUUAAUUUUGCUUCAAUGGCCUGAAUUUCCAUUUUCCUUGCCAUCCAAAUAUAAUCCUCAACAACUUGUUGCACUUGAGAUGCCACGUAGUCUUAUUAGAUUGGAGACAACAUUCAAAUUGGGAAUCCAGCUAAAAUAUUUAACAUAUAUCAAUUUGAAGAGGUGUGAGUCCAUUACAGAAUUACCUGAGUUGUGUGCCCCAAGCUUAGAACAAUUGGAUCUUUCCUAUUGUCAAAAUUUAGUUAAGGUUCAUGAGACUGUUGGAAUUCUUGAUAAGCUUCGGAUAUGGAAACUCCAAGGUUGUGGUAAACUUCAAAUUCUUCCAAACAACCUCAGGUUAAAAUCUCUUGAGGAGUUUCUUCUUAUGGACUGCUUGAGGCUUGAGAAGUUGCCUAAUAUUCAUCCAAAAAUGAAAUGUUUAAGGGAUUUAAAUUUACGUGGGAGUGGUAUUCGAGAGUUGCCUUCAUCAAUCAAGUGUCUCACUGCGCUUCGUUUCUUAGACGUAAAGGAUUGUGAAAACCUUAGGUAUCUUCCUGAUGACAUCUAUAAAUUGCAACUUCUUAUUGGACUAUCUAUUCCCACCGCCAAAUUGAGACAGACAUGCGAUUAUUUGGAUAGCUUUUCCAGUUAUGGGUUUUUGAUGUUGGAUACCGUGAGUUUCAGGGGCAAUAAAAAUAUAAUUGAAUUAGAUUUUUUGAUGAAACCCGAGUACUUCCCCGUAUUGAAAAGUCUAGAUCUAUCUAAAACUAAUAUUGUUAGCAUCCCCGAAAGCCUUAGCAGAUUUACUACAUUACAGUCACUUGAUAUGGCAAAAUGCAAGCAGCUUCAGGAAAUUCCAAGGCUUCCACAAUCUGUACAAGUUGUGGUUGCACGCAAUUGCUGUUCGUUGAAUCCACAAUCGUCAAGCAGAUUAUUGAAUCAGAUUGGAGAAUUUUUAGGGAUUUUUCCAAAUAAAGGUUGCAAGGGAACAAGAAGCAGGAUAUUAAUGGAUCCACAAACAUCAUCAACCGAAAUACUGGAUGAGGUUCGUCGCUAUCGCUCGGUUUUGCCUGACACGGGCUCUAAACCUGAAGAUGAUUAUUUUGGAAUUGUACUACCAGGAACUGAGAUUCCAAAGUGGUUGAACUUAAACCAUGAGAGUGAUGGAAAUGUCAUAUCAUUUUGGGUUGGUCGCACAUUUCCAAAUAUAAUUGAUGUCUGUUUUGCUUUUGGACCGCUGAAAUAUCCACGGAUGCCUUCUUGUACUGUUUACCUUUCCAUCAAUGGUUGUGAAAAUGAGAACAUUAGUUAUACAGAUGAAUUCUCCGACCAUCUGAUGAUACUUUCUUUACCUAAUAAGAAAUUUCAGAUCCAAUUGAAUAAGUCAAAACCAUCUGAAUUAAAUUACGUUGAGUUAACAUGUGAAAUGGAGGAUUGGGUUAAAAACCAUCCAAGAAGGUGGGGGGUUCGUGUAGAGUGCAUCUGUUGUUCCCGAAAUUCUGAUGUUUUUCAAUUGCCGAGUCCAAGUGCUACGCAUAGUUGUGGGUCUUCCUCAGUCCCUCAUUUACCCACUUCUAGUUGUGGCACUGAUAUGGAUCAAUGGGCUUUCAAUAAUGGAGGAGAUUCUAGACAUCGGCCAAGAAGAAACCAUCGACCACCACCCUAUGCCAGACGUCCCCAAAAACACUACCUGUCCCACUUCGGAUGGCUUCGAAUCCGAUUCCGUCUCUGGAAACGGAGCUCUCGUCCAACCCGAAUUCCAACUGCAACGCUCAAGUUGGAAUGGGAAGAGAUAGAUCCCAGAAAGUGGAAAAGCUGAAAUUGACGUGCCCAGCUACUGUAUAUAGCAGCGAGUCAGUGUGGAUCCUUUGGUGCUGGAAAUGACCAAUAAUUUUCUUUUUAUAUUGAGGAGUUUGUUCAGAUGAAGAAAAUUUCAAAAACAAGCAGAAUCACCCUUGUUGAUCUAGCUGGACUUGAUAGAAAUAAAGUUGAUGAUGCGCGCAGACAAGGUGUGAAGGAAGGCAAACAUGUGAAGAAGUCCUUAUCACAACUUGGGCACUUGGUUAAUAUUCUAGCAAAGGCUGCUCAGUCUGGAAAUUUGGAAGAUAUUACAUAUAGAGGUUCCUGUUUAACACAUUUACUGCAAGAAUCACUUGGUGGCAAUUUAAAACUGACUGUUCUCUGUGCCAUCUCACCAGAAAACAAAAAUAGUGGUGAUACACUGAGAACUCUCAGAUUUGGACAACGAGUAAAAUUCAUUAGAAACGAGCCUGUAAUAAAUGAAAUCACAGAGGAUGAUGUUAAUGGUCUCAGUGAUCAAAUUCAUCAGUUGAAGGAGGAACUUAUAAGAGCAAAGUCUAGUAAAUCAGUAGGAAGUCAAAAUGGAUAUUUUCAAGGGCGUAAUGUACGUGAAAGCUUGAAUCAAUUGAGAGUACCGCUCUUUGAUUCUACCCCCCAUAGAUAAUGAUUCUGAUGAAGAGGUAAAUGUUGAUGAGGAUGAUGUAAGGGAGAUUCGUCAGCAUCUAGAUAAGUUGCAUAGCUCUUCUGAAGACAAUAUUAGAGACAAGCCUGUUAGUAGGGAUUCCAUCCAGUUUUAUUCAAUGGAGGAAAGUGGUGAGACAGACUUGAUGAGUGAAGUAAGUAUGACUGAAGAAGUCUAUAUGGAAGAACCUUGGAAUGAACUUCCUCAGAUGGCCAAUGGUUCUAUGGAAGACAAUUUUGUAAGUGCUGCUAACACCUUAACAGCUUCUGGUCCUGCAACCGGAAGGAGCAUUUCAAUUAGCUCAUGCUGUCAGUCCCCACUCCUCCAAGACCCACCAUUGUCUGAAUCUCCAAAAAUUGGAAAUAUACAAAGGAAAAGCAUGAAUAUAUCAUCAUCAAGUCAUUUAGUAAGUCAGAACAGUGUUUCAGAAAGUUCCAAGUUCAACUUGGAUGUUUUAAGACACUCACUUAAACAGAGUGAGCAGGUCCAUUCUUCUUUGCGGUCAAGCAAGACAUUUGCAGGCCCUGCUGAGACCUUGGCUGCUAGCCUUCACCGAGGCUUACAGAUUAUUGACUAUCACCAACGGAACUCUGCAUCAAAAAAAUCUUCAGUUUCCUUCUCCUUUGAGCACUUGAAAUUGGAACCUUGUGCAGAAAUUGAUUAGGCCAAUGCUUCUGUUCAGACACUACCAGAAGAGAGACCAUCUUCAAAUGGACCAUCUUCUUCUUUCCUUUGUACAUCUUGCCAACGAAGAAUAUCUGAGAAGGAUUCCAAUGAGGUUAAGGAUAGCUUGAAGACAUGGAUUGUACCUGUUGAUGAGGCAGAGAAUCCCACUCAAUUGACAGAUGAAGUGCCUCAAGAUGCAGGCAAUGCUAUGAUAAAAGGUCUUAAGCGAGAGGAGCUUGAAAACGUGUGUGUGGAGCAAGCUGCCAAAAUUGAGCAGUUGAAUCGACAGGUAGAGCAGUACAAACUGAUGGAAGAAGAACACAGUCAAGAAAUUAAUAAACUUCGCCUUGAGGCUUCAAAGAAUGAAAUAGUUCCGUUUAAGGAUUCCAAGAAUGAUGAUUAUCAUUCACAGAGGGGUGAAGACAAGCUUUUAAGGUACAAUUCUGUUGAAAAUUAUCAGCCGGAGAUUAUAAAGGAAAAAUGUAAAAUAAAGGAAGUUGUGGUAGCUGGGACUGGGAAUCAAUAUUUUGAUCUGAAUGAGAAGGAAGCACUUCUUAAGGAAAUUGAAAGUUUAAAAAGCAAGUUGCAGUCAUAUUCUGAUCCAUCUUCUAACAAGUCUAAUGAAAAAUUGAGAUCCUCUUGUUUCGCCAUCAUUCCAAUUACAAAAAAGUGGUGUAGAUCAACUCGGUUAUAGCAAGGAAGAACUAGAGAAGGAAAGAGAGAGAUGGACUGAAAUGGAGAGCGAUUGGAUUUCUUUAACUGAUGAACUGAGAAUUGAUAUUGAAUCCCACCACCGACGUGCAGAGAAGCUGGAGAUGGAGUUGACAUUAGCGAAGAAGUGCACUUCGGAGUUGGAUGAUGUACUUCACAGAUCAGUCCUUGGGCAUGCUAGAAUGGUUGAACACUAUGCUGAACUACAGGAGAAGUACAAUGACUUGGUUGGAAAGCAUCGUGCAAUCAUGGAAGGGAUAGCAGAGGUGAAGAGGGCAGCUGCAAAGGCAGGGAAAAAAGGUCAUGGCUCUCGUUUUGCAAAAUCCCUUGCUGCAGAGCUUUCUACAUUGAGGGUGGAGAAGGAGAGGGAGAGAGAAUUGUUGAAAAAGGAGAACAGGAGUCUUAGAAUUCAACUUAGAGACACUGCAGAAGCUGUUCAUGCUGCUGGAGAACUCGUUGUUAGGUGGAGAGAAGCUGAACAUGUAGCAUCAGUUGCAGAAUCUGUCACUUUUGACUGGACUAAUAUUUAACACUGUUAUAUUUAGUGACCAUUCUGUCUAGUUUGGCUUCACAAUCAGACUAUACGAUAAUGUUUUCUGAUUGCUUCUGUUUGGUGGUGGUACCUCACAAAGAGGGUCCUGAUCAUUAAUCAGAUUGAUCAUUUAUCAACAAAACGUAUUUAUGACUCUGGGAAAAUUGGAAGUUAAUAUGAACACUGAAUAUUAUGAUAGCAUUUUCUAGAAAAGGUCAUAUCGAAUCAAUUUAAUGAUAUAUUAGGUUAUUAAUUAACAAGGAGGGGGGAGGGGUUAAGUGUUGGUAGCUUUCUGAUUCAUCACUUAUGAUUUUCAUAUCAAUGCAGGACAACUUUACAAAGGUUCAACAAGACAAUGAAACGUUAAAGAAGCAAGUGGAGAAGCUCAAAAGAAAACACAAGAUGGAGAUGGUCACUAUGAAGCAGUAUCUUGGACAUGGCUCUGUGGGAAAGAAGCUCUACUGAAGCCCAACAUAGCUAGGGUCCAGCCAAGAAGGGCAUAAUGCCACGCUAGGCAGCAAUGUGCACUCCAAAACUCAAGUUAGCUGCUAAUUUUGGAAAGAAAAAAUGAAGAGAGGAAAUUGAGAGUUAUGGCCUACCAAGAGAGUGAGAGAGGUAUUUAUAUCUUUAAUACCACGUGUGACAUGGUAGGGAGCAUUGUUGCUCCAUAAGGCUACUUUUGGCUAAUGAGACAGCCUCCUGAUGGGACAAUUUGAUGGGACGAGGUAGGCUGGCCAUAGCUAGUGUAGCCCGUGAUUGUCUCCGACCAGUAUGAUACACACUAUCUUAAGCUAGUCUUAAUGAAUAGAGCCUGAGCGGCCUUGUCUUGGAUGAAUUUCUCCUUUUACCCUUAUGUUCAUUGGGCCGGUCAAAAGACAAUGGCGCACAAAAGUGAUCAAAGUGGGUGGUCCUUGAUCUCCUUAGAGGAUAUGUUUUUUUAGCCUACUAGGAUAAAAAAUAAUCAACUUGAACUUCAGUCGAAAGAUGAGUUAGAUGUAAGUGAUUGAAACUGAUGUGCUAGGCCUGUAGUUGAUUCGGGUCUGGCCCCUCACAACCCCAGGCCUACUAGGUAAAUUGGUUUGUUUUUUUAACCAUUUUCACAUGGUUUCUUAUUCCAAAAUGAAGAAGAAGAAGAAAAAAAAAACGACAUUUACCAUUCACAAGAAUCUCAAA